AAGCCUGAAUUCUAAGAGAGGAAUAGGGAUAUAAGGAAAAGAGACAAAGACAAAAGGAGAGGUUGCUUGGGUACCACUGCCAAUCCCUCGGAGGGACAGGUCCAACCUGUCUCUGUCCCAGCCCCAUCUGCAUGAAGAGACCCAUUGCAGUCUCACCUUCCACGUGCCUGGGGCAGAAUGCGAAUUGAGAAAUCCAAGGCAAAUGAGGAACAGUCCAUGCCUCCCCCUCCCAGAGCCCCGGGGGUGGGCGACAGGCUCUGAGGAUGAGUCAGUGGGGUGGGGACCCCAUUUCUGUGCUCAUCUGCCUCCUUGGGAAUAUAAAGAGCAAGCACUGAGGCCCCGCCUCAGAGCACCCCAAACUUGAUGCCAUGAAGAUCCCGGUCCUUCCUGCCGUGGUGCUCCUCUCCCUCCUGGUGCUCCAUUCUGCCCAGGGAGCCACCCUGGGUGGUUCUGAGGAAGAAAGCACCAUUGAGAAUUAUGCGUCACGACCCGAGGCCUUUAACACCCCGUUCCUGAACAUCGACAAGUUGCGAUCUGCUUUUAAGGCUGAUGAGUUCCUGAACUGGCAUGCCCUCUUUGAGUCUAUCAAAAGGAAACUUCCUUUCCUCAACUGGGAUGCCUUUCCUAAGCUGAAAGGACUGAGGAGCGCAACUCCUGAUGCCCAGUGACCAUGACCUCCACUGGGAGAGGGGGCGAGUGUGAGCGCUGAUUCUCAACCUACCAUAACCCUUUCCUGGCUCAGGAACUCCAAUAAAAUGUUUUCCAUCCAACA